CUUGAAUGCAUCGUUCAGUGUAUGCGAUCCUACGCUGUUCGGCAGCCAAUCAGGAAUCACGCUCAGAAGCGUAGGGUGAAGUCGAGGAGCAAAUGGAGAAGGUAGCUACAUGCUGAAGGGAGAACAUCUCGGUUGAUAAAGUGAAGAGAAAGCCAGAAGCAAUUAGCUUACUUGCUGCAAGUUCAGGAGAGAGUGAUUCGGCAAAGGGAGACGAGUUACAGCAGCUGGUGUUGCCGUUCGCGUUGGGAGCUGUGGAUGCGCCGAAGCUAACAAACUCCAUUUGAAAUCCAGAGCAACGGUCAGGUUUUUUUGAGUGGACAAGAAAACCAGUCUUGAGGAUCCAGCGAGACUCCGAUCCAAUUCGAUGGCGAGCUAAAAGGACUUUGGAGAAAGACCCAGAUCCAGAGAAGGAAAGAGUCAAGUACACACAUAUACACAUACAGACCAUUCAGAUAGACUCAGCAUACCCAGUACACCUGCAACACGGGCUGUCUUUCCCAUAAGAGACUCAGACGGACAAUUUCCUUUUUCAUCCCUAGUGGGACUUGUGCACAAUUUUCUUUUUUUUGUUUUGGGGUUUUCAGUUAAUUGAUUGUAAGCCAUGGCAAAUUUUAUUUUUAUUAUGUAACAAUAUAAGAGUUGCUACUCAAUUUCAUCUCUGUGUUCGGCUCAUUAUUACUGCUUUAUUCCUUGGCUCCACGAACCAGGUUCUUCUGAUCUUAGGCCCACAGUUGUUCUAUCAGUUAUCUCACUAUUAAAUGUAAUCUGCUCUCGUAUCUCGGGAAGUUGGUUACAUAAGUGGCGAGCCAGCCAGGAGCCAUUUGAAUUUAGCAGCAAUACUGAGACGUGAUCAGUAUGGAUUUCAUACAGAAGUCUGGCGUCAAAAUUCCAAACGCAGUUAUUAUCAGCGGAGUCACUAAGGUGGCCAGCCAAGAUGAGCAGGUGAUCGACUUUCUGAAACAUUAUGGGAAGAUUGAGAGAUGCUUUUCUGUUGAUGAUUCAUUGUCUAAGUUCCACCAAAACCUGAUCGUUGAAUAUUCCAGUGGUUCAGCCAUAGAAGGUUUAGAGGCUCACUUACCUUAUAAAUACACCUCACAUGAUGACCCCACUGUUGUGUAUGAAAUCAGUGCACUCAGUAGCGUAUAUGCUGCCCAGGUUGGAAGUAAUGUCACAAAAACUUACUUAGCUGAACUUAAAGAACUAGCCAAGCUGAGUGGCAAAGACUAUAGUGAGGUGUUGAAGCAAACAAUGUCCCAGAUUGGGGAGGAUGUUGAAGCCAUUCAACCCGUAGCCGAAGAUUCUCCCCAUACACAUGUUGAGACCAUCACACUAUCUUCACCCACUAUUAAAGAGCAACAAGAUCCCACUAUUUUCCUAAAUGCCACACCAAGCAGCAAAGGUGCCACUGACCAUGUCACCCUCACUAGUAAAGGGAGGACACUGCCACUUUCAUUAACUGAUAUGAACCCACCUGACAUCCAGAAGGUCGUGGUUGAGCAUAUAGUACGGAGUCAAGAUGUUGUUCCACCCAUGCAAUCCCAAGUGAGGCUUCGCUCUUUCUCCGGGAAAACUUCCCGACCUAAUAAUGAAACCGAUUAUGACACAUGGCGCGCACACAUUGAACUACUCCAAAGUGAUCCUAGUAUGCCUCCCUUGCAAAUAUCCAGAAAGAUUCUUGAGAGCCUGCUUCCUCCAGCAGCGGAUAUAGUAAGGGGUUUACGGCCUGAGUCAUCACCCGCAGCCUACCUGCAGCUCCUAGACUCCGCCUUUGGCACAGUGGAAGAUGGGGAGGAACUUUUUGCCCGAUUCUUGAACACUCUCCAAGAUCCAGGUGAGAAACCAUCCACUUACCUCCAUCGACUUCAGGCUGCAUUAAGCCGCGUUGCAAAGAGGGGUGGAAUUGCCUGUACAGAGGUUGACAAACAUCUCCUAAAACAAUUCUGCAGGGGUUGUUGGGAUGACGCUCUGCUGAGUGCCUUGCAGCUUGAACAAAAGAAAACCGAUCCCCCCCAGUUUUCAGAUCUCCUACUACUGAUUCGCUCUGAAGAAGAUCGACAACAAGCAAAAAGUAGUCGUAUGAAAAGACACAUGGGUACCACAAAACACAGAGCCCAGUUGCAGCUCCAAGGUGCCUAUGCUUGUGAACCAGAAAAGAAACAUGAGGGUAGUAACAAUGCCAUUGAGGAAUUGAGGAAACAGGUGGCCAGUUUACAAAGUCAGUUAACUACAUUCAUGACACAGAAGAAAGACAAAAAUAAGGGAUCUCCAUGGAAACCUCAGGGCAGAAUGUCAAGACCAGAGGAAGGGGAUGCAGACGCACAAAGGCAGACUAAAAAGAAACAGAUAUACAAACCCAAACCCUGGUACUGCUUCAACUGCGGCGAAGAUGGGCAUAUUGCCUCACGUUGCACUGACCCUCCCAACCCUAUCCUAGUAGGAGAAAAGAAGAAGCAGUUGAAAGAAAGACAGCUCAAGUGGGAGUCACAAAAUGGUGCUGCCUCACCUUUAAACGGUUAACAGUUCCUGUUGUGGGACAAACAGGGACUGAGGGGAGUCAACAAUGUCCCUCAGACAUGCCAAGUGAAUCCAAACUCUCUGUCAAGAGCUGUGGGGCGACUACAUCCGCGGAAGAGCUUAAUGCUCAACCACGCUCUGGCCUACGACAUUCAAAGCAGAACCAACCCUCCCAAAUGCCCAAACGGUUGGUUGGUACCAAGAGUACAGCUCAAGUGAUUGUGAAAGGGGAAGAGGUUAGCUGUCUUCUUGACUCAGGAUCGCAAGUUACAACUGUACCUGAGUCAUUUUACAAGCAAUACCUCUCCGACCAGGAGAUUAAGCCCCUGCACGACCUCUUAGAAGUGGAAGGUGCAAAUGGCCAGUUGGUGCCAUAUUUUGGUUAUGUUGAGCUUACCAUAACUUUUCCAAAAGAUUUCUUAGGGGAUUCGAUAGAUGUGACCACACUCGCUUUAGUUGUGCCUGAUACCUCAC